AUGAAUAAGCUGUCUGCCACGUGGACUUUGCUGGUAACAAAGAGAGUAGCCCAAAAGGAGAAACCCGUUUCUUUCUGGUUCGAUUUGACGUUCUCGUUUUCUUUCAACAAAGAAACGACCUCCCGCCGCCGGGAAACCGCCGUUUUCUCAACCGCCACCGUAAGGGUUUUGUUUUGGUACUCCUUUAUGUCGACGGAAUCAGAACUUAUCCAGUCGAGCUCCGACGCUGUCGGUGGCUCUAAUGCGUCGAGGAUUGAGGUCGGAAAUGAUCAAAUGUCUGAAACCCUAGCUGACCCGUUGAGCUUAGGUAGUCAGGCUGAGAAGAUUGAAGCAAAGCACGACCGAGACGAGCAAGAAGGAUGCGGAAGCUUAGCUUCAGCUGGUGAUCAUGGGAUGGAGAAAGUAAAUGGAUUUACUGAUCUGGAGAAGCAAACCGAAUCUGUAAACGGAGAGUUAGAUCUAGGCAUUCGAACCCAAACCGUAGAUGCUGAGACUAACGAAAGUGAGAAGAAGGUCCCAGUAGAUAGCGAAGAUGUAUUGAUGAUAGAGGAUGAAACAAAGCUGUGUGAAAAAGACUCUGAUGGGAUCCAAACGGAUCUUCUGGUUGAGAAGGAAGCAGAUGACGCUAAUCUCAGUGAUUCGAAGGGUUCUGGUGUCAAGCUGGACAGUGAAGACCUUGGUGAGGAUAGAAAAUCAGAUGGCUCAGGAACGCGAGGAAGAAAAGUGGAGAACUUUGAUGUUGAUGAGAGCAGUGAUGAGAGUGUUUCGGAUGAUGAUCUUGCACCUGUAACUACGAAGGUGAAAUUCUCUCACUCAGAUUUGGUUUGGGCUAAAGUAAGGAGCCAUCCGUGGUGGCCUGGACAGGUGUUUGAUGCGUCGGCUGCAACAGACAAAGCGAAGAAGUACUCCAAGAAAGGAAGUUUCUUGAUAACUUACUUCGGAGACUGCUCGUUUGCUUGGAACGAUGCAUCACGGAUUAAGCCUUUUCGGCAGCAUUUCUCUCAACUGGCAAAGCAGAGUAGCCUACCUGAUUUUGUGGAUGCUAUUGAUUUUGCUUUAGAAGAGGUAUCAAGAAGGAUAGAGUUUGGUUUGGCUUGUCCUUGUAUCUCAGAGGACGUCUAUCAGAAAAUCAAGACUCAGACCGUAAUCAAUCCAGGAAUCUUAGAAGAUUCAAGCAGACUACACGGUGGAGAUGAGGUCUCGAGUGCAGUCUCCUUUGAACCUGUGAACCUCGUGCAGUAUGUGAAGGGUUUAGCAAGCCAUCCUAACAAUGGUGCUACUGAUGAGCUGCAGUUUGUAAGUCACAGAGCUCAGUUAUUGGCUUUUAAUCGUUGGAAAGGCUUUUCUGAACUUCCCGAGUUUGAGACACUUCAGGGGUCAGUGGAGUCUGCACCUAAGAUUGCUCCUGCUGAAGAGAAAGAAAGCUUAGUUGAAGUGAAAGUUUCUGUUCCUAAACCGAAAAAGCCUGACCAAGUUUAUACUAAAAGGAGAAAGACAGAAAACCAAGAUGACUGUAAACAUGAGGCAGUGUUUGAGUAUGAGGAUGCCACUGUUCUAAAGAGAAAGGAGAAAACUUUGGCAGAGUUCAUUGCUGAGAAACGCUUAAGCAAACGUAAUGGGAAGAGAUCACGUGAAAGUUCUAGUAUCAAGCCAGAGUCCGAAAAGAAACGCAAGGUUGUGUCUCCAAAACUUCCCAAGUCGACUAAAAAGAUCAAGCCGAACCUGCAGACAAAGGAUCCAGGAUCUCCAAAGUCUCUAAAAAAUGAUCGGAAGCAUAGUUUGUCUGCAGGUGAUAAGAUUACACCAAAGAAAGCUAGAGAAAGUUUCGGAAUUGGGGCAAGCAUACUGAAAGCUGCGAACCAGAUGCAUUGUUCAACACCUACAGGACUCAUACCUUGCGGUAAUUCAACCUCCAAAAAGGCAGCCAAGAACAAUGGCAGUGGAAAUAGUCUCCAGAAGAAGUCGAAAGCUAAAGCAUUAUCUGAAAGAGAGAUCUCUCCUUCUCCCAGUGAAACGCAUUCAAGCCCUCAUUCUACUUCUGCUGCCAAAACCUCAAAUGGCAAACCCAGUCCCAUCAGCGUAGACCACCAACAAUCCGGAGCACAUGAAGAGGUCGUGAAGGAAACACCAAAUACCGGCCUUGUGGAAGACUCGAUGUUGAAGAACGUGGACUUGAAAGACUCUUGUGAAGAACAGAUGGUAAAUGAGGAUAGGAACGAAGAUGGAAGCAAGAUUACUAUUGAGGACAGUAAUCUAACUGAGGAGAAAGUCGCUUGA